CUGUCAGCGGCUGGUAUCCUUGAAAUUCCUCUGAUAAUUUUUCGUUUCCCCCAUUACAAUCAAUUUUACCCAGAGGAAAGAAAAACAUAAAAACGUUCUUAUUUGAGUGUUGUGUUCGCGUUCUCCGGGAACAAUUCGUAACCACGGAAUCGACAAAUGUCUUGUGAUCUUUGAUGGCGCAAGAUGCGUUUGCCGCAAUGGCCGAGGAACCGUGGACGUUGAACGAAGAUGGUUAUUUAAAAGUGGACGCGGAUAUAAAGGAGAUCACCUACCAUCCAUCCCUUAAUAUUAUUAUUAUUUGUACCCGUAGCGGGAUCGUGCGGGUGUUGGACGUUAAUUCCGGCCUUAUUUUACGGUCUACCGAUUUAGCAGCCCAAAAUGCCACAGAAAUCAAAUGCAAAUACAUUCCGACCUUAGAUAGGAUACUGUUCUGUGAUGGACUGGCUAUUGGAGUACGUACUGACUAUAACGGAGUGUUACUCCUCGACAGUCUUUUGCAGAAAGUCCAGCCGGACUGCAAGGACAACAUCACCAUUGAGCUCCUCCUAUCGGAAGCCAUUAUCCUGAAACAGAGCCUGAGUGGUGCAACAGUGGCUUGUGCAGAAAAAAUCGUCGCCGAACUGGAAAAGGAGAUCAUCGAAGCUCAGAACGCUAAUAAAAAGGGCAUUAAGGCACAAAAAUGGACCAUUGCCAGUGUAAAUCUGCCAGUGGAGGACUUAAAACUGGCCACUUCAUCGGUGGUAUCGGACUUUGUGAUGAAGAAAAUCCAUUCGUCGGAGCUGCAAGUCGCUUCGGCGGUUAAAGAGAGAAUUUCCGAAAUUUUAGGGGAGCAAACGAUGGCGACCGAUAGGAAAAUGAUGGCGAGCGAGGCCCGGCGAAGGGAAACGUUCUCGCAUUGGCCCCACAUGGACUACAAGUGGGCCCUGCCGGAACAAAUGGCCCAGGCGGGUUUUUACCAUGAACCGAACUCCUCGGGAGACGACCGGGCGAUGUGUUUCACUUGUUCGGUUUGUCUGGUCAGCUGGGAGAGAUCGGACGAGCCCUGGGGCGAGCACGAAAGACACUCGCCCACUUGUCCCUUUGUUGCCGGCGAAUAUACGCAGAACGUGCCCAUGUCGGUUACUAAAGCCACUGCUCCAGCUAUAGACGCCACUUUCCUUGGUAACCCGGUGCAAAUCCUCGGAUGCAGCACCGUACCCAAACUGUUUCCCACUUGUACAAAGGACGGACUCAUAUCAGUAUUCGAUAUUUUAGGCAAAAUUAAACGUAUUUACUCGUUUUACGUUACGCAGUUCGACACGCAUAUUUUGGAGAAGUUUAACCAAGAUUUCGGGGUGGCCGGACUGUGGAUCGACGAACGAAAAGGGUCAGUUGAUAAAAAAGUGACCGCCCUGGCUAUUGUGAGCGAUAAAUCAAGCGUGAACCCCUUGAGACCCGCAGUCGUGUGCGGGAUUACCAUAUCUAGGACACUAGGAAAAUCUGCUCAAGAAAACAGUAACAUUUUUACCACUGAGCAACCGCAACCCGAGCUCGAUCAACCGCGCGCCACACCCGUUUCGGAAAUACCAGAUCAUCAUCAGGACCGUCGCCGUCUCUACCUCGUCGUCUACGAUUUCACCUACAGCAAGGAAAACGAGGAGGGAUCGGGGGGCGAGAGCGACAAAGAGAAAAAACAACAUCAGGAAGGUAAAAAGAGUGAUACGGUCGCGGAGUUAGAGAAUCAGUUACAGCAGCUCGAUGAUUGUGUCGUGUUCGAUCCGCUGUCGAACAUCCUCGACACAAUCACGCCCGGCGAAAUGAGCAACAACGAAGAUUAUUCGUUGCUCAAAGAGCUGACGUCAUUUUACAAAACGUUCAUUCCAGGUGAAACCGACGCAGUAUUCCUUCCACCAUCCACCACCCCUGCACUACCACCGACCGCCAACACAAACCCCUCGACUACACCAGGGAAAAAACCCUUCCAGCACACGGGCCCCAGACUGUUAAGCCUCGAAAAGAACAAUUUCACGGUAGACUCCUCGCCUACGCCGUAUUUCCAAACACCCAACAAUUACAUCCAUUACACCACCUACAUCGAGGGUUCGCUACUAUUAGACCCGACCAAUAACGAACCCACGACCAUUUCCGAUCACAUCGUCGAACUGAAAAACAACCAAUCGAACAAGAAACUAAACUACUCGAGGGCGGUCCAGUGCGUCUCUUUGCCGCCCAUUUGUACCCAGUACCACGACUUGGAGAUAAUCAGUAUUUUACCGUUACACGACGGCGAACAUUUAUUGGUGACCGUGUGCAGCGAAACCGAAAAUAUCAGUUUCCUAAUCGUGUAUUCGUUGGAAUUGAAACGUGAAGGGGGCGGCAAAGUGGUGAAGGUGCGGGAGGAAUUGGUGGCGUUCAAGCAGUUGCCGCCCAAAGAAAAACCGACCGAGGUCGGUCUUUUGCCUGCCCUCAGUAAAUUCGGGAAGUGUGAGGGCGGCGAGGCGGGUGGACACGGGAACGCCGUUCUGGUUUGCGUAGAUGGAGCGGUCAGGAUCGUUGACUUGGUGCUGUUGAAGACGAUCGGGAUGGCCCGUAUUGAGAAUGAAAAGUUCGUCUCGGCUGCUUAUUGUAACAGUUUAGACAGACUGUGCGCCGCAACGGCCGACGGCUCUCUGCACUUUUUCGCUUUAAACGACAGCGAUAACGAAUCCGUAGGCGACCCGGAGGAGGACGAUUUAUUCGGCGUCAGCGACAAUUCCAUCAAAGAACUCUCCUCCUUGGACAAGGUCGACUCGAUCCAGUGCUUUAAGGAACCGCCGACCGUUAUAACUGACGACGACAUCAAAACUAUGCAGAAAUUGACGCACUUUAGUCCGGCCAGGUUCGGUUACAACGUGGUGGUACCGGCGUGCUGGAGCGAGUUCCAGGCGAUGCGGCAAAGACGCGCCACCUCGAUCAUCAACCCGGAGGCUUUCACCAAAACGUGGAGACUGCAAAACGACACCACCACGUGGGAGGAGCACAUUUUCGAAAUCACUCUGCCGUCCGCAGUGGUACUGGGCCACGUGGAUUUCCAUUUCACGUUACAAGGGGGCUGCACGAAACCGUGCGUCGAGGUGACCCUGUUACGGCAAACGAAGAGCGGGAUCGGCCACAACAAGGAUCAAGUGAAGUUUUCCGUUGACGAUACGGUGACGAUCGAUAUGCUGAGACGCGUGGAAAAUCCGGUCGUGUCCGAGGAGUAUUUGAGGGCGCAUAACGCGGACAUCUUGGCGGGACCGGUCAAUAUUAACAACCAUUUGGAUUUGACCGAGCAAAGCGGUACUGUCACCUUGACCAGCGCGAGGAUGUUUAAAGUUCGGGUGCGAAACUUGUUGCUGCACGUACGCGCCGUGUACGACAAAGACGACAAACGAGUGCGUCGUCGGGACAGCAAAGGAAACGCGAUCCCCGAGAAACUGUCACUGCCCACCCGGAAAAACGAGCAGUACCUCGGGUGCGACUGCAUCCACGAGCUGAGCAUCGCCAUUUACACGCCGGCGAACAAUUCGCAAUCGCCGUACGAGAAAACUUUAAGGAACCUAAUGUUGGACUCGAACGUGUUCAUCCAGUCGUUGGUACUGACGGCGUGCGAUAGCGACCGCAGCGCGGUGAUCAAGAACGUGCUGGACAUUCUCAAUUGGAUGGCGGCGAUCCGAUUGGUACCGAAUCGGGCCGGUAACGGGGAACCGCUCAACGAACAAUUGGAGUUUAUGUUCAUCAGCGCUAUCGGGGACAAUUUGAGCGGACUGUUACGUAAAUGUUUGCUCUUGGGGGGUCGCAGUAUCGCCCAUAAGUGUAUGUCUUACGUCAUGACUUGUAUACGGGGUGCCAACAACAUAAACAAAUCAAUCGGUGACCAUUUCCGUAACUGCGUCCUAAAUUCCGUAUUGAAGAUCUUGGACGAGCUGAAAUCCGUUAAAUCGGCCGCUGGACUGCACUGGAUCCUCGCCUUACUGCUGCAAGUCACCAGGAAGGAAAACGAACCGGAGGUCAUCAGUAAAUGUGCCACUUUACUCAACGAGGUAUCCGAGGACCUACGCUCCCGAUCCAACCCUUACCACCUACUAUUACGCAGCAGAUACGGCCUGUAUGGUCUCCCAACCGAACCGGAACUCUUCGACAUCGAACCGCCGCCCUUUAUCAAAGGAUCCAGCGCGCCGCCCUAUACGUUCGCCGUCUCAAACGCGAACGCUACAAACGACGGGGGCGCCAACACGAUCACGAUCGAACAACCGGCCGCCCAAGGUAAAGAAACCGGAGCCGCCGCAGCCUCCGCCGCUGGCGCCCCUUUUGCCCGAGACCCGAACGACAAGUUGAAAUAUAAAAAUAUCGCGUUCCCGAAACUGGUCAAGGGCCUGAUCGAGACCGAACCGUUGCAUUUUACCUGCGUGAGUACCAGCGACGGCACCCGGUUAGAGUUGGCGGACGCGAUGGGCGUGGGGGGCGUCGUCGUCGCGGCGACCGCGGCCGCCUCCGAUUCCGCCGCGCCGGUACUGAACAGCGUCUCGCCGAUCGUGCUGUCGCCCCAGCAGAUGGCGCCCGAGCAACUUUACGUGAAGCACAUCGUCGAGAAGGGCGGCCAGGAGAGUACCGAGUGGGAGAAGCUGGAGAUCGGGAAGAUUUUCGAGGACCCCCAGUCCCUCGAUAUGAAAAUGGAACUUUUGAAAAAAUCAAUUGAGCCGUUUUUACGACACACAGAAGUCGUCUACAAGAACUUUACCUCGAAGGGGGGCGGCAGCGGGACAUCGAGCGCGACGGGCGUCGGUUUCGCCUCGUGCUCUCAAUCGGGGGGAGGGACGGCAAAUCAUCUCCUGCCGUGGCGGCAACUGUUGGUGCCGCCCCCCCGUCAAGUUUUGGUGGUCGAACGGAUGCACUCGGGGGCGAGACGUCACGUCACCCUCGACUUCGGCAGUCCCGUUUCUUUGACGGACAUCCUGAUCCCGUCCUGUCUCGAUCUGGUGUCGUUGACGAUCGACGUGUGGCUCCUCGGCGAGGAAACGGACGAGGUGCGACUGGUCACCGCCACCGAUAUCGCCACCAAGAAUUUGUUGUUGAGCGAUCUGCAACCGCCCCCGCUCUGUCGCUACAUGAAGAUAACGUUGGUGGGCAGAUAUGGUAUGUCGACCACCAGAUGUCGCAUCCCCCUGGGGUAUUUUUACGGUCACGUGGUGGUGCUGCCCGAGGAAAACCCCAACGAGGCCUACGUGAAACCGGAUUACGAGAAACAGCUGAACGUCCUCUCGAAACUGCUGGAAGAUAUCGGCUGUAGGUACAGCCUCGCCUGUUCGAAACUGAAAGACUACUUGCAGCCGUUUCUGAUCGCCGAUAUGAAGAACACGUCGCACCUUUCGACUUACAUCAACAUCUUGAAGGAUAAGAGCUGCAACGUCAGCAAUGCGGAGCAUAAUAAGAUUUUUACGGCGUAUCAGGAAACGCUAACCUACCAGCACCAAUUAAACACCAUACGAAACGUAAUGUCGCGCAUCGAAGCCUCAAUUUACCCAUGCGAAGACCCAACUAAAACGGCCCCCGCAGUCCCAAUUCUAACUGACAAACUGUGCAACGUGGCAGAGGGCCUCCUGGAGGUCCUCUUAUCCCUGGACAGCUCCUGCGAACUCACCCAGGAAACCUGCGAGCGGUUCUUCCAAGGACUCUGCGUCUCGCAAUCCUCCAGACUGCAGCUGUUGGCGGCCGUUUUUUUGGAGAAAUGCUGCGGUUCCGGCCCGUUUUGGGGCACAUUUUUAGCCGACACCCUGGUCAACUUGUUCAAGACGUCCUGCGCGGCGAUAUUCCCGCAGGAUCGAUUGUUCGUUUUGCUGAUUUACCUGAGCAGGAAGAGUCCGGAGAGGAGUGCCGUUAUCGAUGCCGCUAUGCGGGUCGUUUACGCCACCUUGCGGCCCCUGGAGGAGAAUCGUCCGUUACUGUUGGCGAUCAAUGUGGAUUUGCCGUUGCUGUCGUGGCUGUUGAUGUACUUGUCGCUCCAAUUGACCUUUUGGAGGAACGGGAACGGUGAUGGUGACCGAUGGGAUUGGGUGCUCGGGGAGAUGGUGGGUAAGUUGGUUUAUACUAAUGGCGAUACCGCUGCUACCACUUCCUCCUCCGUCGCCACCUCUUCAAUAAACAAGAGCAAACUGCUGGUCGGAUGGCAAAAGAACCACACGUCAAACUUCAAAUCGUCGAAGUGUAAAAUCUUAAAGAAACCCACGAAUGGCGGAGAAACGAGCGGAAAAUCCGGGGAGGAGACACGCGAUCCCACUUGCCUACGCGACCUGAUGCUGGUGCCUCAGAAGACGCCCCAGUACGUCGAUCCGACCCACUGUUUGGCCGUGUCGAAGCUCCUCGUCAAGUUUAUUAUCACGAUGGACCAUUCGGGCAGUGCUGACAUGAUGUUGCUCAGUUUUAAGAUAAUCUCAAAGUUGGUCACCCUGGCGAAACUUCAACUGUGCCAACUGGUAACCGAGAGUCAACUUUUAGAGCUGAUCAAUUUCGCGUUGGCGUGUAAAGUGCCCUGGGCCCCUUUUGCGCUCUCCUGCCUUUUGCAGGACGCCUUGACGGUCAGUGGGCCGCAGAACGAAGACGAUGACGACUACGAUGAGUCCGAAGGGGUCGAAAUGGACGCGGACGGUCCCGCCUCCUCUUCCGGUUGGGGAACAAAUCAAAACGACGUGUCGAGCGCGGAAAACGACCAACCCACCGCCGACAAGUUUUACUUCCACAUGGACGAAGAAACGAAACUGAAAACGACAAAAGCGCUCAACAAUCUCGGAUUCCGGUCGCUCUCCUCCGUGUACGAAACCUCCGACGACUCGGACAUCGAAGAGGUCCUCGAGUCCUUCGAAAAACAAGUGAAAACCGGCAUUAAAAAGGAGCAAAAAACCCAACAAUCAUCGGCAACUCACUCCUGCCAUUCCACUACCGUAUCGAACGCGAUCGAUGCCCGUUUGGAAACGGGCGUGUUUCUCUCCUCGGAGAUCGCGCUACGUAAACUGACCGGGCGCAACACGCAACGUUUGUUGCACAACAUUUCCCAGGAUCAGUACAAGGAGACGGAGAACCCGUUGACCCCGUGGCCGGAGCAAGUCGGUCCGUAUCAAUCGGAAUGCGCGGCGGGAAAUUUGAAAAUGUUGUCGAACUGUUUCGACGUGUUGUUCAAGGAUUUACAAACGAGGGAGCCGAAUCGGAUCGAGCACGUGUUGCAACUGUGGCUGACGGUGAAUUGCACGAGACGUGACGAGAAGUUCGACUCGUCCGCGAUGCCGUUGGUCAAGAUUAACACGUUGAGCGUGAACAGUUUGGUGUCCGCGUUGGCGUUUACGCCCGGACUGUCUUUGACCACCUGGUGUCUCGGGUUGCAAGCCUUAACCCUGGUGUGCAACACGAACAGCAACGGUAAAAAGAAAUGGUUCGACUUUUCCGGUAUGGCGAACGCCAUCGUCGUACAUCGUGAUUUUGUACAGUUAUUCGUUAGUUUAUUGGCCGGCGGCGGCUCCACUUAUCCUGACAAAGGCACCGCCGGUCCAACAUUGUGCAAAGCCCUGCACGAUUUCCUAAUAAGACUUCAAGUCAGAUGUGAUAUAGUUAGUCAAUCGAGUAAACUAGGUAAUUUAUUUAAGACACUUUUGUUGCACGUGGUGUACCAGCUGGUGAAGCCCGGAGGGCCGAUUUCGACCAGAACCGGACCGUUGGACGCCCAGUGCAAGUUGCUGCAGUCCAUGUUGUACUUGGACUUCACCAAUAUCGACGUUAGUAUCGGGAUGAGUACGUUAGAGAGUACCGCGGUCCUUUUGAGUUCGUACUUUCUCAAUGUGGACAACAUACGGUGCAUAACGGUCGGGGAGAGCAAGUGUAGCGUAACGAGCAAUUUCGGCGAAAUAUUUUCCAGUGUGUUGGGCACCGAAACCAAUAAACAAGACCGUCCGGUGUGCCACGAAGAUCUUCUGAUCAAUUUAUUGAAAUUGUUGGGGAAACUGGUCCAGACCCCGAUUGUAUGCAACGAGGGGGUAAUAACCGACCAAGAGAUGACGAGUUCCUCGCAAACGGACGAAUCGAAAGCGGAACAAAUCCACUAUCAAGACAGCGUGUUCGUUUCGCCUUCAUCGUCGUCCUCGUCGUCGUCGGUCCAGUUCUUUGCCGAUACGGUGUUGCAACAUCAUCCCACCAUUGUGACUUUGUGCCGUUGUUUGGCCGCUUGUAAAUCCUCCUCGUUAUGCAUGUUAACGGAUUUGUCGCAAAAGUUUUUCAAUAAUAUUUCGGAACCGAACACGGUGGGGGACGCGGUAUAUCACAUUUUGAGCUUGUUGGCGCGUAAGGCCAGCCGUAAGGAGCUGAUCAUGGAGCCGCUCUUGUUGUUUUUAGGGCAGACGCCCCAGCUGAGCGAGCCCCUCGUUUGGUUCAUUUUGCAGGUGUUGGUCGGCGAGCAGGCCAUCAGGUCGUUUUACGAAUCAGGUGGUAUAUCGAUACUAGCGUCCAGUAUAGUAACGACCAGCAAUACCCCGAGUAUCAUCUCGAGAAACGGGACCAUAUCGACCGUGAUGCAGCAUUUCAACGGGUUUUCCGGGCAGCAGGACAAUCAGGUCCAUAUCGCGCCUGCAUCGGCCAAUAAAAUGUUCCAAGCCUCGGUCGAGAAUAACAAUUUGAUCAAUUUCGCUCCAUAUUGCACCAUUUCGUGUCAGAGUGUUACGUCACAGCCCGCCGACGUCCUGAUACAGAGUGUCAAUGGGGUGACCCACAGAAGAGCCAGGACGCCCCUAUGGUCCUACAACUACUAUCAGGAGGAAACGCACACCGAAUUACUGCUACAGCUCCCUUGCGCUGUACUACUGAAAGAGGUCCAGCUACAGCCGCACGCGGGCGGGCUGGCCACUUGUCCAUCGUUCGUUGCCAUAGAGACUUCGGCCAACGGUCCGUCCAGAUUGGUUCCGGCGUGUCAGCCGAUACCCACCAGCGGACUGACUUACAUUAGACUGCACCUGCCUACGGCCAAAGUGGUCAAUUGCGUGUUAAUAAGGCUGUACAAGCCGCGAGUGGGGAACAGUAUCGGGCUGUUACAGAUCAGGCUGUUGGGGACGUACGCUUUUGGACGUAGUACUAAUAGUAAUAUAGACGAGGACGAGGGGUACUGCAGUCAUAGUUUGGGUUGGCUCAGACUGCUCCAUCACUGCUUCACCGUAUCGAUCGAUCCGGAUUUGAAACGGCAAAUAAAAGAGGAGGCCUCCCGGGUGUCAAACCUGCUGGACACGUGCUGCGGCCUCCUGUUGGUCCCCUCGCACAUCUCGCCCGUCUAUUUGCCAUGUUUGGAGAAAGUUCUACGGGAGUUGGCCCUUCUUACCCCCGAGAACGGCAUCGCGACCAUAAAAAUCCUGUUGGACAACCGGCUGAGCAUCGUGGAACCGAUGAUGUCGUUGGAUAACGCGUGGCACGAUCGACUUAUGGUCAACGUGUCCGGGUAUCAGUCGGCUUGCGAGCUCUUGUAUCAGAUCUGCGAGCAUCAGGAUUCAAAUACGGGACAACGCGUAAAAAUGAUCUUGGACUGGUUGCAAACGACCGCUUGUACUUGCAUAUCGACUUCCGAUACGAGCCAAUGUAGCGCCGCUUACGUGUCGAGCAUCGCAUCGAUUCUUUGGUUCGCGCAUCAGUCGUCCACUGUCACCACGUACGAUCUCAAAUCGCUGAUCACUUUGGAGUUUUUCGAGUCGAUUUACCAGUUGAAAACGGUUACGAGCCACGACAGUUUCAAAUACGCGCUGGAUUCGUUGUUGUGCUCGUUGUGUUACGUGCGAUCCGAGUUUUUCCCGUUGCUGUUGCAAAAAAUCGGGGUUUUGGUGCCGAAUUUGUCCAGGGAUUUGGCCGCGAGCAUUAGCGACGACCGCAAGGAUAAUGAAGUAAUGCUAGAAGACAGCAACCAGGAAGAAUGGUACGGCCACCUAAUAAUCGGCGAACUGACCGAAUUAAACUUAUCCAAAGACCAACUGGAAACGGUCGCGUUGGCGAGCAGAUCACCGACCGCCAUACAACAACUCCUCGACUCCGGCCUGCCCAAACUCUUAAACAACGCGAUCUACGAGUUUUGCCAUAACAACAACGAAACGUCCCCGGUUCCGAUGGCGAAACUGGAAAAAGUCACCGCGAUCCUGCAAUUUUUCACGGACGUAUGCGACGAGAAAAUGCUGAGAGACUGGCUUGGAUCCCCGGACGGUUCGUCUUUCUGGCCCCACUUGCUCCAGUGGCUCUGCAAGAAACCGUUCAGCAGUUCCAGCAUCCAGUCGGAGUCGCACGUGCAUUUAGAAGAGGUUUGCGUGAAAUUCUUGGCGAAAUGCUGCAUGUGCCACCCGAAUAAUCAGUCCAGACUGGCGACGGUGUUGUGCGAGGUGAUUUCCAAGCAGCAGAACGGCAUUUCCGGUUUCCUGCGUCGCCUGUUGCUGCAACUGCUGUUGGAAAAUGAAAAGGUGCCGGUCAGCAUCGAGGCGGACGAGACCCUUUAUAAAUCGGCCAAGGUGGCUCAGGUGUUUGUCCCCGCGCAUCCCGCUUUUAAGCAAACCUACAAUCGUACCAUGUUGUACCUGAGCACCAGUACCACGUUGGCGGAUAUCUUGGAGCAACAUCUGAUAUUCAACACCAUUUUACCGUCGGAGAGUAAGAAACCGGUAAAGAAAGAUAUUCAGAUCAUCGAUACGGUGCAGGGUUAUCACAUUUUUUCGGUAAAAGACUUUUCGGAAUUGAGUGUGGCGGCAGGGGUGACCGCCAAAGAUAAACGGGUCAAAGAUUUGAAAAAUUGGCGCGUGUCUACCCCGCAGUCGAAGAAGAAACGUUACGCGAACGACGGUGGUGGAAGUGGCGGAAACGAGGUGAUGGAGGGAAGAUUGGUCAAGUGUUUGACGUAUUCGGAUGAGGCGCUGCCGUUGCAGUUGAAUUUGGCGCAGUUGUUGAGACUCGUGGAGGCUAAAGGGAACACCAACGAUUGGCCGUAUGUGCAUCUGACGAUAUGUCAAAGCAAAAGUAACGAAGAUAAAAUCCAAAACAAGGAGGCCGUCGAACUGAUCCAGCAACAACAACCGAUAUGCAGCGCCCUCCAAGUGUUCAGCCAAAUGGGCGGGUUGGCCCUUUUAGCCCAAAACCUUCCCACUAUCUACCCGGAGGCGGUCAGAAUAACCAGCAACGAAAAAUCGAUUUCCGACCAGUCCGAUUCCGAGUGGAUUAAGUUAGAAGAAGCCGACGACAUCUACGAGGACAUGGAGGAAACGGUGGGAGGCAACUCGCCAACGAAAACCACCGGAGUCAUUUCGCAAAUUCCCCCACACUCUUUGACCGCUUUCAGUUUGUUUUUGAGGUUACCAGGGUACGCGGAGGUACUUCUGAAAGACACCAAGAAGGCCCUGUGUCUGUUGAGGCUCUUGCUAGGGGUCACAGACGACGGAGAAGGGGGAGACAUUUUCUCUUCACCGUUAGCAAACUCUUUGCCCACGCAUCCGUUUGAGGUGCUCCAGAGGCUUUACGACACCUCUCCGUUAUGUUCUGACGACGGAAGAUUCUUACGGAGGAUCAGCUUGACCACGGGGGUGUUACAGCUGCUUCUGGCAUGCUUGGGCAUAUUGACCCAUCACGCCGGUAGCGGUACGGAUAAGGACGGGCAGAAGGAGCAAAAGAAUAAGGAGGACCGGCAACAUUAUUGGGCGAAAGGUACGGGUUUCGGAACCGGUUCGACGCAGCAAAGCUGGAACGUGGAACAGGCCCUGAUGAAGCAGAAGAAUGAAGAGGAACACGUGACGGUUCUGUUGCAGGUUUUGGCCAGUUAUAUAAAUCCGAAUGACGGAGCGGGGGAUGAGUUGAAAGGGGACGUGCUACCCGCGCAGUUUGUGGAUUUCCUUGCCAAAAGUUCCUUAUUGCCCGCAAUAAGCUCCUACUUAAGAAACGACUCGGUGCUGGACAUGGCCAGACACAUACCGCUCUACAAAGCGGUAUUAAAAAUACUACGAGCUUUGGCGGUCAGCACGCAGCUGGUCGAGCUACUGUUACCCCAAAGGUCGAAAAACGGCGAACCUUCCGUUAGUUUUUUGCUGAAAAAUAUGAAAACUUGUGUAGACACUUACGCGAAUAAAUUACGGGUCCAAAACGCCAAAGGGACGGACAAAAACGGGAAAUCGUCGAAGUCGAAAUCGUCCGGUUUUAUCGAGGAUCUGGAACAGGGCGAGGGUCUGGCGACGCUGAUGCCCGACAUCCAGAAUACGGCGGCCGUCGUUGCCGAGGUGACGCGCGACUUAAUCGACGAGACCGACACGGGCGGGGAGAACGCGUUGGAAUGUCGCAUCGGGAUCUCGCCCGAGGAACAGUAUUUGAGAAUCAUGAAGAAUUUACAAUUUGCCUCGUACGAGAUGAUCGAGGAACAACCGGACGGCUCGAUAAAGUUCGUGAUAUCGCAUCAUUUCGAGUCGAUGGCGAAAACGUGCCCGGAACAGUCGCAUCCCUCCCGAGUGAAAAGGAUCGCCCAAGAAACCGUCACCUUAUCCACCAGUUUACCGUUAAGUUAUAGCAGUUCGGUCUUUGUUCGCUACGACACCUCCAGGCUGGACGUUAUGAAGGUAUUGAUAACGGGACCAGCGGAUACUCCGUAUGCCAACGGUUGUUUCGAGUUAGAUGUGUUCUUCCCGCCUGAUUAUCCCUCCUCGCCGAUGUUAAUUAAUUUGGAAACCACCGGACAUCAUACGGUUAGAUUUAAUCCUAAUUUGUAUAAUGACGGCAAAGUGUGCUUAUCGGUAUUAAACACUUGGCACGGGAGACCGGAAGAGAAAUGGAACGCGCAAACCUCCAGUUUCUUGCAGGUGUUGGUAUCGAUACAAAGUUUAAUUUUGGUACCCGAACCGUACUUUAACGAGCCCGGUUAUGAACGGGCCAGAGGUACCCCGGCUGGCACGUCAAAUUCUCGCGACUACAACCUGAACAUUUGUUUGGCUACGGCCCGUUGGGCGAUGCUGAACCAGAUCGUGAAUCCGUGUCCGUGUUUCAAGGAGGUGAUCCACGCCCAUUUCUACAUGAAACGCCGCGAGAUCCUCGAUCAGGUACGAAAAUGGAUCGACGAACUCGAAGUGGAGACCAGAAAGGAGAAGAAGAGUCAGACGCGGACGGUUAAGAAGAACCGCGGCGCCGCUUUGGACAGUUUUAAGAAGAUAUACAAGGACCUGCAGGAACAACUGGCGAAACUGAAACCGCCUAGUGACGAUUUCGAAGAUAUACUAGAGCCGCGACAGGCGCAACAAGAAGAUGAAGAAGACGAGGACGAGGAAGAGAGUCCGACGACUCCGACCAAUAAUAGCAUGGACGUAACCAUAGAAGUACAUCCAGACCCGACUUAUACGGAGAAAGAUAUCGAAAAUAUGGUAAACGAAAUGUUAAAGUGAAUUGAUCAUGCAUUUAUAUAAAUUAAAAAUCGACGAGGCGCGAGUUGCCCCAGAGUGUUUGUUAAAAAUUUUAUUUUGUUUAAAUAUUAUUAUUAUUGCCCGGUGAUAAUAUUUUAGUAAUUGUAUGUCGAUGAUAGCCUAAGAAUUAUUGAUUAUUUUUUGUACACUCGAUGUUUUCUUUUUUUUUUUUUGAUUGUCGCGUUAGUUACCAGGGGUCGAGAUCGAUUUUGUGUCAUAAAAGCGAAAAUCGUUUUGAAUGAUUUUUUAGGGCUAUGAACUGUAAAUUAUUCUUAUUUAAAAAAAAAUGAAAAAAAUGUUUAUAACGAAAUGUGAUUUUAGAAAUACAGUUUUUGUUUUACAAAA